GGAGCUGCUAGACUGAGCGUUUUGACGCGCUGAGAGGAGGACAGAGCGUCACAUCUCUCCGAACGCCCAUCAAACUUUCACCACAGCCUGUAGAGAGGACCCAGUCCUCUGAAAGAGGCCUGUUAAGAGACAACAAGGACACGCUGGAUUCUGGGCAGACGGCUGGACAGCGAUGGAGACACUACUGGCGAUUACUUUUGCUACAGUUUGACGCUGCUGUGAAUUUCCCAGAAAACAUCUUGUUCAGUUUUUUCGUCCUUUUUGAGAUAGAGCGACGGGGAUGGAGCAAGCACCCAGCGCGCCGAGCCCUCCUCCCAAACCGGCCCAUCACGAGCCCAUCAGCUUCGGCAUCGACCAGAUUCUGGGAGCCGGUACAGAGCCGGAAAACGGGCGCACGGCUGGAAGACAAAUUGGAUCAGAUUUAAGCAACGGGGACGGUUAUUACAGUUUAGGAAGCCCGACCGGGGCCAGCGCGCCCUCAUACACCGCGCUGUCUAUCUCCCUCUCCGGUAUAAUGCCUCCGGUGGAGGCUUCAGGUUCAUACGGAGAGAGUAGGAGUCUGGGUAGCCGAGUGAUUCGAGUCCCGGCCCACAGACCCAUGACAGCCCCUGGACCCCCGGCCCCGGUCCAGGGCGCUGUUCCUGGGUUUGGAGGGCUGUGCUUCCCCUGGAUAGGGAACAGGUUCGCCAAGGACAGAAUAUCAGCGGCUCUCGUGCCGUUCGCCGUUACGCGGCGGAUAGGACACCCGUACCAGAACCGGACACCUCCCAAACGGAAAAAGCCCCGCACGUCCUUCUCCAGAGUUCAGAUCUGCGAGUUGGAGAAGCGCUUCCACCGGCAGAAGUAUCUGGCCAGCGCCGAGCGGGCAGCCCUGGCCAAGAGUCUGAAGAUGACGGACGCGCAGGUCAAAACCUGGUUCCAGAACCGCCGGACCAAGUGGAGGAGACAGACAGCCGAGGAGAGGGAGGCGGAGCGUCAGCAGGCCAAUCGCCUCAUACUGCAGCUGCAGCAGUCCGCCCUCCAGAAGUCCCUCAGCGAAUCAGCGGUGUCAGAUCCACUGUGCGCCCAUAACUCCUCCCUGUACGCCCUGCAGAACCUCCAGCCCUGGGCCGAGGAAAGGGAAUAGUGACCAGACACCACGCUGUAAUCAAUAAGCAUCAUCUAUUAUCCCUGGGAGGAUAAAUACAUUCAAUUAGGCCUACAUGAGGACAGCGGGACUUACUUUGAUACAUGCAAUGGAGAAAAAAGAAUGUUGGACCAGUAAAACUGAAGAAUGGGUCACAGCCAGUUGUGUGGAUGGUUGUGAAAAUGGACCUGAAAUGAUGGUGAGUGAAUCCUCUCUUGAAGCAGAAACAGAACUUUCUUGGAAUAAAUCUUGCGACUCUGUACUUGGGAACAGUGAGACUUUUUCAAAUCCAAAAAAGGAAACAGAACUUGUCAUUAAAAAUUUCUUGUCACCCUGUGAUUGUCCUUGUUAUGCUUGUACUUAUUCUAUUCAUUAGAAUAAGACAGAGGAAGACAUUAACCUGAAGGAAGCAAUUCAUUCGCCACAGUGAGCCGCAACAUGAUUGAGUGUUUUGUGAAGGUCUUUUCUCCUUAUUCUGAAACAGACUUUGCUACACUUUGAAAAGGUUGGCUCUGUUCACCAGCCAAAUAAAGGCGAGGCCUUCACUCCAGCACCUAUACAAUAGAGUACUUGCAUAAAAUGUGUCUCUGAGUUUUAAAUAAAUCUCCUGUUUUAUCAAAAUACACAAAAGAAGGUCUUCACAAAAAUGCAGACAAAAGCUGGUUCAGAGAUUUUUUUUUAUUGUUCUGGUGCUUAAACUUUCUUCUGCUCUCAUUUAUAAAUGUCCAACUACAAUCACCUGUACAUACACAGGUGUGGUGCACCACCUUAGCCCAGGAAAAUGAUGCCUAAAAUGUUACGGGGAAAAUGCUUUUGUGAGCGGUAAUAAAAAGGAAAAUAGAUGUCAGGAUUAGAGGGGAGAGUGAAGAAAAUAUGAAAGAGGCUGUAAGGUGGGUAAUAAAGGGAGUGAUGCAUGUUCA